AUGCUGUGCCCUGGAUUCUAUAUCCUGCCGAAUUACAGAGAAUGCUGUGCCCUGGAUCCUAUAUCCUGCCAAAUGAUUGAAAAUGCAGUACCCUGGAUUCUAUAUCCUGCCAAAUUACGGAGAAUGCUGUACCCUGGAUCCUACAUCCUGCCAAAUUACGGAGAAUGCUGUACCCUGGAUCCUACAUCCUGCCAAAUUAUGGAGAAUGCUGUACCCUGGAUCCUAUAUCCUGCCAAGUUACGGAGAAUGCAGUACCCUGGAUCCUAUAUCCUGCCAAAUUACAGAGAAUGCUGUACCCUCGAUCUUAUAUCCUGCCGAAUGACAGAGAAUGCUGUACCCUGGAUCCUACAUCCUGCCAAGUUACGGAGAAUGCUGUGCCCUGGAUUCUAUAUCCUGCCGAAUUACAGAGAAUGCUGUGCUCUGGAUCCUAUAUCCUGCCAAAUGAUUGAAAAUGCAGUACCCUGGAUUCUAUAUCCUGCCAAAUUACGGAGAAUGCUGUACCCUGGAUCCUACAUCCUGCCAAAUUACGGAGAAUGCUGUACCCUGGAUCCUACAUCCUGCCAAAUUAUGGAGAAUGCUGUACCCUGGAUCCUAUAUCCUGCCAAGUUACGGAGAAUGCAGUACCCUGGAUCCUAUAUCCUGCCGAAUUACAGAGAAUGCUGUACCCUCGAUCUUAUAUCCUGCCGAAUGACAGAGAAUGCUGUACCCUGGAUCCUACAUCCUGCCAAGUUACGGAGAAUGCUGUACCCUGGAUUCUAUAUCCUGCCGAAUUACAGAGAAUGCUGUGCCCUGGAUCCUAUAUCCUGCCAAAUGAUUGAAAAUGCAGUACCCUGGAUUCUAUAUCCUGCCAAAUUACGGAGAAUGCUGUACCCUGGAUCCUACAUCCUGCCAAAUUACGGAGAAUGCUGUACCCUGGAUCCUACAUCCUGCCAAAUUAUGGAGAAUGCUGUACCCUGGAUCCUAUAUCCUGCCGAAUGAUGGAGAAUGCUGUGCCCUGGAUCCUAUAGCCUUCCGAAUUACGUAGAAUGCUGUACCCUGGAUCCUAUAGCCUUCUGAAUUAUGUAGAAUGCUGUACCUUGGAUUCUAUAACCUGCCGAAUUACAGAGAAUGCAGUACCCUGGAUCCUACAUCCUGCCAAAUGACGGAGAAUGCUGUG